CGGCAACGAUAAUUUCACCGCCGUUCAUGUCAAGUAAAGGCUUUCGACCAGAACAAUCCUGAAUAUUGGUCCGCAAUUUGCUCGCGGUCGCCGUGCAUGAGGCCUUGGACCAUCCAUGAGUGGCUAUCGAGGCGAGACUGGAUCUUGUGACGAUGAUACGUUAGUUUUACGCCUCGCGCCUGCCCUAACUGCCCGGUGGUAAGCUCGAUCGUUGCGUGUCGGGAUCACGCGCCACAUCGAUGAGCAUUAUCAUUCCGUCACAUUCCCGACACCAGGAAAGCAAAGUGAAAACGAUUGGUACAGCGGGCUCGCACCACUGACGCUGCACCAUGAAGGUCCUGUGCGUCGCCGAGAAGCCUUCCAUCUCCAAAGCGGUUGCAACGCACCUGUCUGGAGGUUCAUUUCAGACUCACAACACGCGCUCGCAGUACAUCAAGAACUAUGCGUUCACUUUCGACUUUGGCCAGCCAUGGGGACAGUGCGAUGUGACAAUGACAGCAGUUGUUGGCCAUCUGACCCAGACUCUCUUCGCCGACGGAUACAAAAAUUGGGAAUCACCUCCGCCUGUCUCCCUCUUUGGUGCGCCCACUAUCACCACGGUUCAUGAUGAUAAAAAGGCCAUUGCCAAGAACAUCGCCGACCAAGCACGUUACGCUCGCCUACUGGUCAUAUGGACCGACUGCGAUUUGGAAGGGGAAUAUAUUGGCCACGAAAUUGUUGAGGCGGCCAAGUUUGGUAACCGCGACAUCACCGUCAAGCGUGCGACCUUUAGCAACAUUGAGCGAGCACACGUCCUCAAUGCGGCCCGAAGGUUGGGCAAUCUAGAUGCCAAGCUUGUCAACGCUGUAGCUGCUCGCAUUGAGCUCGACCUACGUGUAGGAUGGGCUUUCACCCGCUUCAUCACCAACAGUCUUCGACCCUUGGGAGGUCCUGUUGAGUCCUUGAUGAUCAGCUAUGGAUCUUGUCAGUUUCCCACACUCGGAUUCGUUGUGGACCGCUAUUUCAAAGUGCGAAACUUCACCCCUGAACCGUUCUGGAGCAUCAAGGUUAUGCAUAAAAAGGACGGCAAACAGGCCAACUUUUCGUGGGCGCGGAACCGGGUCUUUGACCGCAUGUCGGCCGUCAUACUGUACGAGCGAUGUCUCGAUUCGAACAAGGCAAAGGUGACAAAGGUUCAAGAGAAAGCAACUCGCAAGUUCAAACCACUACCUCUGACCACCGUCGAGCUGCAAAAGGCUGCUACUCGCUUGCUCCGCAUGACUGGUCAACAGGCACUCAACCUUGCGGAAGGAUUGUACAACAAAGGCUUCGUCAGCUAUCCAAGAACCGAGACUGAUCGUUUCGACAAGGGCAUGGAUCUCAAGAAAUUGGUAGAGAAGCAGACGCCAGAUCAGCGUUGGGGCCCUCACGCUCAGGGGUUAGUUCAGGGAGGCUUUCGACAACCCCGCGAGGGCAGGCACGACGACAAGGCACAUCCUCCGAUUCAUCCUAUCACGUAUGCCUCUCCUUCGGUUCUGAGCCCGGACGAGGCCCGCAUCUACGAGUACAUUGUUCGUCGUUUCCUAGCCUGCUGCUCUGAGGAUGCCAAAGGCAUGGCUACGGACAUCGAGCUCCAAUACGGCGAGGAAAUCUUCACGGCCCAUGGCGUUGUUGUUCUGGAGCGGAACUACCUCGAGGUGUUCAUCUACGACAAGUGGGAGGAUUCUGCAGAGCUGCCCAACUUGAGGGUGGGCGAGCAGUUCGAACCGACGGAGGCCCUUUUGACUGAAGGGAAGACUUCGCCGCCCAACUAUCUCACGGAAGCAGAUCUCCUCGCGCUCAUGGACGCCAACGGCAUUGGCACAGAUGCGACCAUGGCUGAACAUAUCCAGAAGAUCCAGGAUCGCGAGUACGUGCAGACCACGGAGCGGAGCGGACAAGCGGCGAACGACGACGACGACGACGACGAUCCCCACGACGCUCCAGUGGCCCGCGGCACCCGCGGCCGCGGACGUGCGAGAGUGGCUCGCGGUGGCAGAGGUGGACGGACAAGUGGCCAAGCUGCAGGUGGUGGGAGGAGGGGCAUCAAAGUCUUCGUGCCGACACGACUUGGGGUUGCACUGAUCCUGGGGUUUGAUCGGAUGAACUUUGAGACCAGUCUGGGCAAGCCCUUCCUCCGAAAGCAGAUGGAGACGAAGAUGAAGGCCAUCUGCGCAGGCCAGACUACCAAGGACGUAGUGCUACGAGAAAGCGUUGCACAGUACCGCCAGGUCUUCUUGCAAUCACAGGAGAAGCUCAAUGUUCUGAAAGCUGCAUGCCGAGAGUUCGUCUUCGCGGGGUGAGCCACGUCAAGGUACCACCUGCUACAAGCAGCGUGCAAGGGUGUCGCGAUACUAUCCCCGGACAUUGCGCUAUUCUCGCCGAGGGUACAACGAACUGGGCGGAAUCUAUCGGAGCCUUGACGAUGCGCAAUGACUACGUCUCCCCCACGAGAGCCAUUCCUAGCCCCGCCCAGGAACACAAUGCCCAGGCUCGACUGAACGUGGGGUCUAUCAGUGGUUGAUAAGACACAUGGAUCAACGCCCCCUCAAUUUGAUAGAUACCUCACCAACAGACUCAACCGAGAAUAAAGAGUCGAGGAGGGGUACAGCUUUAGGCUUUAUCCAACCCGCAAACGGAGCCAGUGGCGCGCCGUUCAAUGAUGGGGACUCGGGGUCACCUGAGGGAUGCUGACUA